AUGGCCGAUGAGCUCAAAAUAAACAUAUACUAUGGUAGAAAGUACCCAUUUUUGUGUAGAACAGUGCGUAACAUAUAUAAUAAUAUUGUUAAGAAAAAAGAAAAUUUAAACAGUGAGUGCCUAGUAGGGGAAAACAUAAAAUUUGUGAAAAACGAAAAAGUGGAAGAGAUACAAAUAGAAUUUGUAAACGAUGUAUCGGAUGUAAAGUUUAUACAAAGUAGUGACAAAAUAUUUGCAAAGAGUUUGGAUUAUUUAUUGAAAACGAAUUUAUACCAUUUUUAUGAUGAAAAUAAAAAAAAAAAAAAAAUUCUUAAUGUUUAUAUUCAAACGCAGUAUGAUGAUUGGAUAGAUUUUUUUAGAUAUAAUGAUAUACAAGAAAAUAUUCAACAUGUAUGUGAACAUAUUAAUAAUCACUUACAUUUGAAUACCUUUGUUUGUUCUCAUUUCUUAACCUUGUCUGAUAUAUAUAUUUAUUACGAGAUGUAUACAUAUUUUAAUAUAACUAAUUGUUAUAAUAUAAAAUAUACGAAACAGUACAAGAAUCUUAAUAGAUGGUUUAAGUUAAUAACAUCUUUGCUAUAUAACAAGGAUGAUGAGUUAAAUAUGUACUUACAAAAAAAAGCACUCAUGAACAAAGUGAACAUAACAAAAGAUGAUGCAAACACUGUGCAUAUGUUAAAACAAAAAGCGACAAAUACUUCAUAUUCGGGGAAAUUAGAAAAUGCUGAAAAAGGAAAAGUAGUAACAAGAUUUCCACCUGAACCAUCAGGUUUUUUACAUAUUGGUCAUGCAAAAGCAGCAUUCUUAAAUAGUUAUUAUGCAAAUAUGUAUGAAGGAAAAAUGCUACUACGAUUUGAUGAUACAAAUCCAGCAUUAGAAGAUAUCAUAUAUGAAACAAGUAUAAUAGAUGAUUUAGAAAAAUUAGGAUUAAAAUAUGAAAAAAUUAGUUAUACUUCAGACUACUUCGCAUUAUUAGAAGAGUAUUGCAUAAAAUUAAUAAAAAUGAAUAAAGCGUAUGCAGAUGAUACAGAUGUAGAAUUAAUGAGGAAUCAAAGGGGUGAAGGUAUUGAAUCUGCUAAUAGAGAAAAUUCGAUAGAACAUAAUUUACAAAUAUUUGAAGAAAUGCGUAAUGGUACAGAAAUAGGAAAAAAAAAUUGUAUAAGAGCAAAAAUAAAUAUGCAAAGUAAAAAUAAAUGUAUGAGAGACCCUGUUUUGUAUAGAUGUAUAGUGGAUACACCUCAUCAUAGACAUAAAUUUAAAUAUAAAUGUUAUCCAACGUACGAUUUUGCAUGUCCAAUAAUAGAUUCAAUCGAAGGAGUUACACAUGCAUUAAGAACGAAUGAAUAUAGUGAUCGAAUAGAACAAUAUAAUUGGUUUUUAUCAAUUUUCCAAUUACGUAAAGUAUACAUUUAUGAAUUCAGUAGAAUUUCUUUUGUCAAAACGCUUAUGUCCAAAAGAAAAUUGAAAUGGUUUGUCGAUAAUAGAAUUGUCGAUGGAUGGUCAGAUCCACGUAUGCCAACAAUUAAAGGAAUAUUAAGAAGAGGAUUAACUAAAGAAGCUUUAUUUCAAUUUAUUUUACAGCAGGGCCCGUCAAAAGCUGGAAACUUAAUGCAGUGGGACAAAUUAUGGUCAAUAAAUAAACAAAUCAUUGAUCCAAUUAUUCCUAGAUUUGCUGCUGUAGAUAAAAAAAAAGCAGUUAUAUUGAAACUCACUGAUUUAAGUCCAGAUAUUGUUGAAAAAAAAAGAGAUUUACAUAUGAAAAAUAAAUCAUUAGGUACUUGUACUAUGUACCAUACAAACAAAUUUUUCAUAGAGCUAGAAGAUGCCCAAACCUUCGUUGAACAAGAAGAAAUUACAUUAAUAAAAUUGGGAAAUAUAAUUAUUACGAGAGUCAUUAAAAAUGGCGAAGAUGUUGAAGGUGGUGCUACUGUUAAUCAUGAUACUCCUUUGAAGGAAAUAUUAGGUGUUUCCAACUUUAGCGGAGAUUUUAAAACAACAAAAAAAAAAGUACACUGGAUACCCUACAUUCGCGAAAAAUUAAUUUCAUGUACCUUGUACGAAUACGAUCAUCUGUUAACAGUGGAUAAAUUUGAAAAUGAUAAUAAAGAAGAAUGGACAAAAUUUAUUAAUCCAGUUACUAAGUACGAAACAGAAGUCUAUGCAGAACCAGCUAUUACUUCUCUCAAACAGGGGGACAAAUUUCAAUUUGAGCGAAGAGGCUAUUUUAUUGUUGAUCAAAUAUCUAACAACAAUCAUUUUCGCUUAGUCAAAAUUCCGGAUGGAAAAUCAAAAAAUAUGUCCAUAAUUAGCUCAAAAGUUGAUCCUCAAGUUUUGGCGGGAACAAAAAAUAAAACUGUCGCUAUGCCUGACAAAGGGAAAACCACCCAGAAGGACAACAUGAAAAUGUAG